AAGAUAUUCAGUAACAGCCAGAUAUGUUCCAAGUGGUUCGGAAAUGGGAAAUAAAACAUUGUAAUCUUCGAACUUAGUAGGUAUCCGGAUAACAAAAAAAAGUGUGAUCAAAGAGGUAUUGAAACAUGGGGGAAGAAAAAGAAGAAACCAAGAACGAAGUACCUUUGGAAACCGAAUUGAAAUCAACUCAUAUAUCAACACCACCCCCGGAGCCAAAAUCAAGUUCGGUUGCAACACCACCAUCAGAGAAAGCACCACCACCUCCUGUCAGCGACGAUGCUGCACUUGAUAUGAUCGUCACAGAAAAGAAACUGGCACUGAUCAAAGCCUGGGAAGAGAACGAAAAGACUAAGGCUGACAACAAGGCCUAUACAAAAAUGUCAGCAAUCGAAGCAUGGGAGAACACUAAACGAGCAGAAAUAGAAGCAGACCUCAGGAAGAUUGAGGAAGACAUUGAGAUUGAGAAGGGAAAACAGAGGGAAAAGACGAAGAACAAAAUGGCGGCCAUCCACAAGGAAGCGGAAGAAAAACGAGCUGUAGUAAUAGCCAAAAGGGGCCAAGAUAUCAUUAAGGCGGAAGAGGCAGCUGCAAAGUUCCAGGCUACAGGAACUUUGCCAACCAAACUGUUUAAAUGCUUCGGCUACUGAUUAGCAGCUUCAAAAGACACAUUAAUGGUCUCAAACAUAUCAUAAAGAAUAUAAUGGCAACCCUUAUGUCAUUGAAUUAUAAAUUUAUAUCUUGUAAUCAUUUGUUGAUUUUAGAGUGUUCAUUUCUCGUUCAACAAACCUGAGGUUUGUAUAAUAUA